UUUCCAUCCGCUGAAAUUCAAAAGGCACACGGGGCCAGAUUGUUUUCGCGUUCUUCUUCCUCGCGUGGACUCUCGGCUGUCAAUGGCGAGCGAUUCAGCGUAAAACAUUUGACAGUUCGAAACACAGAGAAAAACCGCGAAAGGCCAACAAGCAGUGCAUCCGCUCGUUCGUAAUCCGUGCUAAAAUCGGUCGUGAAUUGUAUUAUUCCCUUGCCCAGUUUCCUCCCCUCCUUGGUGUGCUGCGAGUACUACUACCCACUCGCCCUUGUUUCCGGCAAUUUCCUCCCCUUUCGCGGUUGCACGGCGGUCCCAGGAGUGUUUUGUUGUCGCUCGUCGCAACGGUUGGUGUGUUCUGGGUUCGGUUCUUGGGGGAGGCUGAAAAAAACCUUCUCAGACAAGUGUCCCCCCAAGCCAAAGCCCGAAAUGCAGGAACAAUGGGAGUGGAUGAAAGAGUUUGCCAUGCCGGUGGAACUGUUGCAGAGCAUCAUCUAUCUGCAGCGGGCCUUGCGGGACUGUGUGAUACAGCACCAGUUUUUGGCCUCUAAAAUCAAUAUUCUCGCGAUGCAUCAGCGCCCAAUCAUCAAGCGACACAUGCUGGAGCUGGAACGCGAAAUUCUAUCGAUCGGCCGGGAGCAGGAGGGAGUGGUACGGCAGCUGUCCGAGCGGGUGAAGCGCUUCCAGAUGACCGUCCAGUCGCAGCGGAAGGUAGCGCUCUCGGAGGACAUCGUGUGCGGGUACGUGUCGCGACACCUGGCGGCCUUUAAUGAUGUAACCGAUUUGAACGGCACCGUCCCGAAGCACAUCUCGCCCCGCUUGAGUGCGGCCGAACUGGCCCAAAAGUACAGUUUGGAAACAUUACUAGCAGCGAACGAAGACUUGGCGGUGGUGGUGACGCACGAAAAGAUCGACCUGGAAGAUGUGGAGCGGCGCGACUCGAACCACACCGAUAACGCCCAGUGGGACACGGUGCUGUGCAUAGCGGAGGGAAAGAGGAAAAACAAGCAUACGGUCGCCAGAAACUGUCUGAAACCGCUCGUAACGGCCCAGCCUGUUGGAAGAGCACAAGCGCCGUCCACAGACUCCUCCAUCACCAUCGAGGAGCGUCCGUUUGCGGGGAUUGCCGAUCAAAAGCCACCACCGAUUGCGGCUGUUAAAGCAGAGAAGCAGGAGGACGUCGACCAGGAGGAGGAAGAGGAAAGUGAGGUAGAUGUGGACGAAGAGGAUGGUCAGGAUUCAUUGCUGACGCCGGAAAAGACAUCCGAGGAUGAGGCGGAAGCGGACGGCAAGUCGGUGCAAUCGAUGGAUCAAUCUGUCGGCAAUCGGGCUAGCUGGAUGCCGGGACUGCGAGGACGCCCACCGAAAGGCUCGAAGUACGUGUCCAUCGCCAAACAGGCCGCCAUCGAGGCGAGACGGAUGGCAAAUGCAGAGCAGCAGCAGCAGCAGCGGCAACAGAUGCAGCAGCCACCACCACCGGCACAGCCAACCAUUAUUCAGCGGCGCGUUUCAAAGCGCAAGGAUGUGCUGUCGGAAAAGGUGGAAGAACCGAUCGAGCUGGAUGUCUCGGGCAAUGAGGAGGAGGAGGAGGAACCCACGGAGCUAAUGAAUACGGCGGCGGUGAGGCGGGGACGUAGCAAUCUGCUCCAGGCACUGAACAAACAGAAGCGUGGCUCCGGUCGGCCUAAUAUGGAGGUGAGCGUCAUCUCAAACCAACAGAAGAGUUCCAAACGGGGCGCCGGUCCCAUUCCCGGUGGCAGUAAGCUAGUGAAACACUUGUCCGAGGGUUCCUCUGGCUCAUCGUCAAACUCCCGAUCCUCCACGCCGACCUGGCCGGGACGCCACACGUCGGAAGAGUCGUCCGAUCGUCGCUCGUCUCCGUCGGCCGAGUUUCCCGCACUGCCCGAUCCUGGCGAACCGGUCGAGCCGAGACCGACGAGCAUCAGCGAGAUGGAGCAGCGAACGUUCCUGCGCUACUUUCAGAUUUUCCUGCCGGAGGAAGUGAAAGCGAUGAAGGAGCGCAAGAGCGAGCGGAAGCGUCGCAGCUGCUACAGCACGGAGCGGAAAGAUUUCCACUACGGCAAGCUGGACUACUACGAGCAGCAGCAGCAGUACCAGGCGGCCCGCGCCUCCAAACGGACACACCAGCGACCGAUCCUUUACUCGCCGCCCGUCGCCGUUGCGAAGAGACGGAGACCACCGCCACCACCUGCUCCUCUUCGGCCCCAACCGCUGGCAGCAGCAGCGGCAGCAGCGGGGGGUAGCGGUAGCACCACGGCCCGAACUUCCGCUGGACGGCCACGACCACAGCCAGCUACGGUGACCAACAUUUUUGCCGCGAUGGAUAAACGGACGUGCUUCGUAUGCUCUAAAAGCGGCACAACGGAAGAGCUGAGUGCUUGCAUGAACUGCUACAACAUUUAUCAUCUGAACUGCCACAAAAUCGACGAACAGUCGGAAGCGUACCGCCAGCGGGAUGAUCUCUGUCCGGUUUGUCUCAUCUCGGACGAGCAGGAUAAAUAGGCAAUAGGCAAUAGGAUGGAGAUAGAUACUGGUUCCUAUUUGUUUGUGUUCUUUUUUCGCUCGUAUUGUUAUUGCUCCACUCCAAGCGUGAAAGUUGUUUUUGUGUUGUACGCGAAAUCUCUCAACGGAAAAGAAGAAAUGUGUUCGUCCGUCCUAGCAUUGUUUUAUCGAAGGACGAGGAAUUAGUUAAAUCAAGUUUAUGUUAUUAUGUACACAUUACUGGAUGAAGUAAGAUUAACUGUAGAUGCCCCCAGCUGUAUGUGCAGCAUCGACGCGUAUGGGUGCUUUAUUUUAAGCAAAAAAGCGAACGAAUCGCCUUUAAACCGGUUUUCCCCCCUCUGGUAGUAUUGUAAAGUAUAGCUUGUGUCGAAUACAUGAAUGAAUCUGUAAUAAACGAAAAUGUAUCAAUUAUGAAAAUGGGAAAA